CGAAGUAUUUUUCCAGCCCAUUUUUCCUAGGAAAAAUCCGCCAUCUACCCACCUUAUGGGGUAAUGGGGAUUCGAACCUGGGUACCUACAAUUCCUAUCUACAGGCCCUAACCACUCGGCUACGAGUAUACAUCGAGAGUUAAAGGCAUUAAAAGGAGGGCCGAGGGGAGCAUUGCACGAAAUCGAUGUGACAAGUAAUUUUUGUUAAAAUUUUUUCCGUGAUAAGUUUUCAUUCAACAAUAGAGCCAAACAGUUUAACAAUUAUCAACUAGGUACCUAUUACUGUCUAAUACCUACAAGGAAAUAUGUACCUAGGUACUCGAAGCAUCAAACAUCACUAAACUUUAGUCGUGUGAUACUUUCCUCUAAUUUAAUUGGAAAACUUAUUCCGUAGGUAAAAAAAACUGGCGCGGAAGAAUGAAUGAAGACUUCGCCAACCAAACAGCGGCGGUAGCCACGUGGAAUGACUCACUCCCGCAAUACAAUAUUAAUUUGUCUCCAUUUUUAAAAAAGUUUGCCGAAACAUUGAAAAAUCUUCAAGGUCACUUGAAGAAACAGGAAUACCGAAUCAAUAACCAACAUUUCAAAUAUUCAAAUAAAGUUCCUAAUGGAAUGAAACUACUAAAUGAAUCUUCAAAUCAUUCCAUUUCUUUAAAUGGUGUCAAAACAUCGACUGUUCCAAUCGCUUAUGAAGUAACAUGCAAACCACCUAAUCGCACUCAGAUCGCCUAUAAUGUAACGCUGCAAAUGACGGGAGUGGCUACAAUAAUGAACAAUUCUAAUUUCGUUCUGGCUAAUAUUUCCUUUUUAGCGCGCACUUGUAGCACGAUUAUUACCUUUGAAAAUGGUAGUAACGAAGAAUUCCGAUUCGAUGUUGCUUGUGAAAACAUGAAAGUUAAAUUGAAAGACCCGUCAGAGAAAAUCUAUAAGUACGUAGAAAAUGAGAAGAAUGACUUGAAAAAUAAGCUCAAACAAAUUUCGAUUGCAAUAAUGAAAACAAAAUUGAGUGAAGCCUCUCACUCAUGGUUUAACAAUAAUGACGUAAUCAACUUCUGCGAACUUCCUCAUACUGUAGCCACCAGUGAACACAGAGAUUCACAUCGAUAUUUUUACUCGAUAAAGGAACUGCUUUCCCUAGAUAGAGAUGAAGAUAAUUUCCUAGUUUACCAAAUCAACUUAUACGGAUUACUCAAUUUCAAAUCAUUAAAAAUGCAGUACUCCGGAGAAGAAACAAAUUUUGAAUUUCAGGCGAGAGAUUUAACUGCUCGUAUUGUCUCGAAACGUAAUCAAUAUCCUACUAUAUCAAAAAGGGUUGAAAAAAUGGAUGUGAAAAUCGAUGCAAUUGUACUAAAAGGGAUAAUUACAACAUUUCUGAGCGAAAUAAUUAUAUCUCGUGAAUCUACACUGCGGCUGUCACCAAAUCAAGGAAACAUUGAAGAACAAAAGACGCUGACUGAAAACUUGAACGCUAUAGUGAUGUAUUCCUUUCAAGAGUCGAUGGGAACAGAAUAUAAAAAAAUGGGUUUACUCAAUAAACCAAAAAUUCCUUCAUAAUAAAUGAAUCAUUGAGUAAUUCAUGCAAAAUAAUCUUAGUAUAGCCUAAAUUUCUGCUCAUUCAUCUACUCUCCAACUAGAAUUCACGUAGGCAGGAAACUAAGAUGACAAAAUGAUGUAAAAUUAAGGGUACCUACUUUCGGGCCAUCAUUCAUUGUACCUGUAGGUACCUUACCUACUUCAAGUGACACGUUGAAAAAGUAAGAGACCGGAGACGACACCACAAAUAUGCAUAAAGAUUUCAUUAUUAUCAUAAGCUCAUGUAUUGUUACCACUCUACAAAAUUAGACAAAAACGGAUAUUUUUCUCCAUAGAACCAGCCACUUGAUAAUUCAUUAGAUAUGCUAUAGGUAUGUACACGUGACAAGCGCCUAGUAGAUAUACACCUAUACAUUUAUCACUGCUAAAUGUUAUUAUUAUAUUAUUCGAUAUUUAUUCAUUUUAGAUAUUCUUUUAUUAAGUUUUCAUUAUAA